AUGUCCUGUGUGCCAUUUGGUGCCCAUGGGGGCUUCAGUGCCCGCUCUGCUUGCUUUCCCAGGGCAGGGAACUGGGGUAGAGGGGGCAUCCGGGGAGCAAAAACAGCUGGUGGCUUCAGCAGCAAAAGCUUUUGUUCUAUGGGAGGGGUCAGGGGCAUCUCUGGCAGAGGAGGGAGAAGCUGGGGGUCAGGGGGCAGAUUUGGGGUGAAGUUUGGGCAGGGUGGGGUUGGGGCUGGCCUUUGUCCCCCAGGAGGCAUCCAAGAGGUCACCAUCAAUCAGAAUCUCCUGAGUCCUCUCAAGAUUGAGAUUGACCCUCAGUUCCAAACUGUCCGGGCUCAGGAAACUCAGCAGAUUAGAGCCCUCAACGACCGGUUUGCCUCCUUCAUUGACAAGGUUCGGUUUCUGGAACAGCAGAACAAAGUACUGGAGACCAAGUGGCAGCUUUUGCAGGACCAGAAGGAGGGAACGGGUGGCCAUCUCCAAACCAUGGAGCCUGUCUUUGAAGACUAUAUAGCCAGGCUGAGGAGGCGACUAGAGCAGCUCCAGGGGGAACAUGGGGCACUGGCCUUGGAGCUGAAGACUUGUCAGGAGCAGGAGGAAGAUUAUAAAACCAAGUAUGAACAGGAGGCUCACAAACGUACCACAGCUGAGAAUGACUUUGUGGUUUUCAAGAAGGAUGUAGAUGGCGUUUACAUGAGCAAGGUGGAACUACAACGCAAGGUGGAUACUCUUCAAGAAACGAUCAGGUUUUUGAGACGUCUGUUUGAGAAAGAGCUCAGUCAGUUCCAGACUCAUGUCAACGACACCUCAGUGGUGGUUUCCAUGGAUAAUAACCGAUACCUGGACCUGGGAAGCAUCAUUUCAGAGAUCCGAGCCCAAUAUGAGAUUAUUACUCAGAAGAGCAAAGCAGAGGCUGAAGCCAUGUACCAGACUAAGUAUCGGGAGCUUCAAAUGUCUGCUGAGAAACAUGGAGACAGCAUAAGAGACACCAAGAUUCAAAUUACUGAGCUGAAGCAAGCAAUUCAGAAACUUCAAAAUCAGAUUGACAAUGUCAAGAAGCAGAAUGCCACAAUCCAGUCUGCCAUCACUGAUGCUGAACAACGUGGAGACCAGGCCCUCAAGGAUGCCCAGGUCAAGGUGGUGGACUUAGAGGGUGCACUUAAGAAAGCUAAGCAAGACAUGGCAAGCCUGCUCCGAGACUACCAGGAGCUGAUAAGCACUAAGCUGGCCCUGGAUGUGGAAAUAGCCACCUACAGGAGACUACUGGAGGGCGAGGAGUGCAGGAUGUCUGGGGAAUACAUCGACAAUGUCAGCAUCUCAGUGGUUGGUGGAAGUACCACAAGCUCUGGAGUAUGUGGGAACUCCGGGUUCAGCUGCUCCAGUGUUGUGGUUGGAGGCUCCAACUUAGUCAAAGGCUCUGGUUCUGGCUCCAUCUCUGCCUCUGGUUCUGGCUUCUCUGGAUCCAGUUCAGGUUCUGUCACUGGCACCAUCUUGAAGAAGACAACCAUGUCAACUUUGAAGACUAUCACAUACUGAAUGAAAAGUGGUUCCCCAAAAACAAACCCUUUAAUGGCCCAGACAGAAUUCCACAAUCCAGAGCUUUCCCUCCUCAACCAACUCAGUUCCUUUCAUGUUCCUUCCAAUACACAUAGACCCAGACGUUGAUUAACACUUUUUCUUUUUCAUAAACAAUAGACACUCACAUUUUUAUAGUUUUCAUUUUCCUCACAAUGUCCGUAUG